AUGGAAAAUCACGUGCACCUAUAUCAGAUGUUGAAGCUCUUGGGAACAAAAAAAAAUCAGCCAUUAACUUCUCAACAAUUCAAGUUAUCUAUGUUUGCAACAACUUCUAACAAGGAGCCUGAGCCAAAGAAAAAUGUUUCAGAUAAUGCAAGUAGGACUAAAUUGCAAAACACUCUUGCUGAAAAAAGUAUAGAAAGGGAAGAUCCAAAUACGCAACCCGUGAAAAAGGUGGUAAUUGGAGAUGGGUCGUUGGAAAGACAACAAAUUAUGGAGAAAAAAUCUAUUGAAAAUGACACUUCAAGGUCAAAGGAACAAUCUAGGAGAAUUACGAAGUUCAAAAUUCCUGAGAGAGGAAAAAAAACAGAUAAACUUCAAGAAUCUAUUGAAAACUCAGUUGAAUCUGGAACACAAGCAUUUCAAUCAUUGUUUGGAAAAGAAAAUCCCGGUAGAGUGAGAUGUUAUGGAAGAACUGUCACACCAUCAUUGUUGAAAAAAAAUGAAGAAAUUUAUUUAAUGAAAAUGCAAUAUGAUAGUAAGAUUUCUGACAUGGCGCAAAAGAUGGGAGCAAUGGAGGCACUUUUGAAAAGCAUGGAUAUGCAACAAAAUCCACAUUUAAGUGAAGUGGAAGUAGAUGAUAAGAUGAGAGAAACUUUGCACAAUGAUAAUAUUCCAACACCACGCUCAUCGACAUCAACAUAUGCCCCUGCUCAUCAAAAGUUUUAUAAGUUACUCAUUAAGUUAAUGGUUAGAAACAAAGAUGAUCCUCAAGAUGAACAAGAUGAUGAUCUUCAAGAUGACGAUGAUCUUCAAUAUGAUCAAGAUGAUGAUGAUCUUCAAUAUGAUCAAGAUGAUAAUGAUCUUCAAUAUGAUAAUUUUCAAGAUGAUGAUUCUCAUGAAUCUCAACACAAUGAAUAUGAUAAAGACCGCCAUUGA